AUGUCCACAGUACUCGCCAAGCCGUACUACUCCAAGGCCGUCUCCGAGGGCUCCGACACCGCCUCGACCAAGAGCGCCUUCAGCCCGACCGACAGCACCGUCGAGGUCCCGACGCUCGGCGCGCCCGUCUCCGAGCAAAAGGCCUCCUUCUGGCGCCAGCCCAAGCACAACCUCGACGCCAUCGCGACCCAGCCUUCCGUCUUCGAUGACCCUACGACGCUCGAGCAGUACCGUCCGCCCCCGCAAUGGGAGAAUACCCACCGUUUCGAUCCGGCGGCGCGCUGGACUUGGCGGGAAGAAUACCGCAUCGUGCGGAGGAUAGACUGGCUCAUCAUGCUCUGGGCUUGCGUCAUGUUCUUCAGUUUGGACCUUGACCGGUCGAACAUCUCGCAGGCGAACACCGAUAACUUCCUGAAGGACCUCGGUUUGACGACCAACGACUUCAACCUCGGGAACACGCUUUUUAAGUUGUGCUUCUUGAUCGCGGAGCUGCCUUCGCAGCUCAUCUCGAAGCGCGUGGGCCCCGAUGUCUGGAUUCCUAGUCAGAUGGUGUUGUGGAGCUUCGUCUCUCUUGGCCAGUUCUGGCUCACCGGAAGGGGUUCCUUCCUGGCUACCAGGUGUUUGCUCGGCUUCAUGCAAGGAGGCUUCAUUCCGGACGUCAUCUUGUACCUGUCGUACUUCUACACCAAGAAAGAGCUUCCGGUCCGCCUUGCUUGGUUCUGGGUGUCCAACUAUAUGGCCGAGAUUGUGGGCGCGUUCAUCGCCACGGGCCUUCUCAAGCUCCGAGGUGUCAACGGGAAGGCCGGAUGGCGGUACCUCUUCCUGAUCGAGGGUGGACUCACUCUCGGCAUCGGGAUUGCGUCCUUCUUCAUGAUGCCGCCCAGCCCUACCCAGACGAAGGCCUGGUUCCGUCCUAAGGGCUGGUUCACGGAGCGCGAGGAGACCAUCAUGGUCAACCGCGUAUUGCGCGACGACCCCUCCAAGUCGAACAUGCACAACCGGGAGGGUCUCUCCCUCCGGAUGAUCUGGAACAUCCUGAAGGAUUGGCGCAUGUGGCCCAUUUACGCGAUGGGUAUCAUCUUCAUGGUUCCUGUCACCCCUCCGCAAACCUACCUCACGCUGUCGCUACGGAAUCUUGGCUACACCACCACGCAGUCCAAUCUGCUCAGCAUCCCCUCCAAAUUCCUCGGCAUGAUCCUCUUGCUCGUGUGGUGCUACUUCAGCGAAAUCAUCGACAGCCGCAUCAUCACCCUCGCCUCCGUACAGCUAUACGCGCUACCACUCCUCAUCGCCCUGUAUACCUUCACCUCGCAAACAUCUCCAUGGGUGUACUUCGCCGUCGUCACCCUCAUCGCCGGCUUCCCCUACGUGCAUCCAGUACAGGUAGCAUGGGCGUCGACCAAUUCUGCCGGCGUCGGCACACGAACCGUGUCCGCGUCUAUAUACAACAUGUUCGUCCAAGCGGGCGGAAUCGUUUCGGCGAACGUCUAUCGUGACGAUGACAAGCCUCUUUACAAGCGUGGAAACCGCGCACUCAUCGCCAUUUGCGUACUGAACAUGGUUCUCUACCUGGGCAUCUACUUCUUCUACAAGGGAAUCAACGCGCGGAGGGACAGGAUAUGGAACUCCUGGACGGCGAAGGAGCAACACGAGUAUCUAGAGACCACAAAGGAUAAGGGGAACGCGCGCAUGAACUUCCGGUUCGCAUACUGA